CCAAACAAACCCUCACCCGUCUUCCGCUUCCUCUCUCCCCCCCUUUCUCUCUCUCCCCUCCCUCUUCAAGCCUUCUGCAAAAGCAUUUAGAACCCUAGAAAUCUCUAAAAUCUCGAUUCUCACAUCACAUCUCACUCACUGGUCUCUGCAAUUUCUCUGUGCUCUGUAUCGUUGACCGCUGAUCGGUGCCGUCCCUCGCUCUUGAUCUCAACUUCGUGACUUAUCUCGACAGUAGGAUGGCUGGAGGCAAGCUCGAUCUUCCCGACGAUCUCCUCUCAUCCAAACCGUCAGAUCUGUCGUGGACCCCUAAAGUGGAUGCUCUAGGAAGGAAUGAUGAUGAAAGGGGGGUGAUAGGGCUGCUUGAUGAUACAAAAGAUCAAGGAGCAUCAGAAAGCAGCAUUCCUUUGUCUCCCCAGUGGCUUUAUUCUAAACCUAGUGAGACGAAGAUGGAAGCGCGUGCACCAAGUUCCCUUUCUCUUGGAAGUUCUGCUGAUCCUAAUUUGAAGGAGGGCUGGCGUCCAGAUGUCCCUGAGGACAAAAAAGAUUGGAGAAGAGUUGCAACUGAAACUGAUAGUGGACGCCGCUGGCGUGAAGAAGAAAGGGAAACCAGCUUGCUUGGCAGAAGAGAUCGCAGGAAGACUGAUCGCCGGGUUGAGAACACUCUGGUUAGAGACAACACUGAAAAUAGAGCUAUGUCUACUGAUAGGUGGCAUGAUGCUGGUAAUCGGAGUUCUGCACAUGAUGCCAGACGUGAUAGCAAGUGGUCAUCUAGGUGGGGUCCUGAAGAAAGGGAUAAGGAAUCUCGGAUUGAAAAAAGGGCAGAUGUUGAGAAGGAUGAUACUAACAAUGAUAGCCAAUCAUUUGUAGGAAGCAUUCCCAGAUCUGGUCCCGAGCGCGAUUCAGAUUCUCGUGACAAGUGGAGGCCACGCCAUAGGAUGGAGGGAAAUUCUAGCGGGCCAGGUUCAUACCGCGCUGCACCUGGGUUUGGAUCUGAGAGGGGAAGGGCAGAGGGGCCUUUUACAGGGUUUACUUUAGGACGGGGACGAUCUAGUGUUGCAGUUGUAAGACCUCCAUCUGUGGGUUCUCUCGGUGUUACUCAAUUUGACAGGACAGAGAGUGUCCCUGGGAAACUAUGCUCAUUGGCUGAUACAUUUUGCUACCCAAGGGGGAAACUUCUUGAUAUUUAUCGGAAGCAAAAAUUGGAUCCGAUUUUGGCUGUGAUGCCUGAACAGAUGGAGGAAAUACCUCCCAUAACACAAGUUGCUGCACUUGAACCAUUGGCUUUUGUCAGUCCUGAUACAGAUGAAGAGGCUAUCAUUGGUGAUUUGUGGAAGGGCAAAAUAACUGGUAGUGGAGUAGUGUACAAUUCAUUUAGAAAGGGCAGAUCAACUGAUAACGCCACAGAUGUCAGAGACUUUGAACAUACUAAUGGAAAACUGGGUGUCUUGCCUUUGUAUAUACCUGAUGAGAUUGUUGAUACCUCUGGUGGAGUUGUAAAUGAUAGUACUCAUCAGGCUGAUGUUUGUAGCAUCUUGAAUAAGGAUGGUCCUAAAAUGAGUCCAGCAGAUGGAGGAGAUGCUAGUUGUGAAGGGGAAGAUGAAGUCGAUGCUGCUGCAAUUGGGAUGAAUGCAGAUGAAUUGAUGCAAGCAACUUCAAACAGUAACAGUUUUUUUGAUGUGCCCAAAGUUGCAGAUGCUACAUUCACCAAGCAUGCUUCUCUGAAGGAUGUUACCUCUGCUGCUGCUUUUGACCUCAGUAUCAAGCUUCCAGAUGAUUCGAAUUCUCUAUUUGUUUCUUCAUCUGCUGAACAGAGUUGGAAUAGCAAUUUACUGCACCGUCAUGGAAGCCACAAUGAAUAUCUGUUAGGAGGGAGUAUCCUGCCCGAUGACUUGAGCUUAUACUAUCAGGAUCCUCAAGGUGAGAUCCAAGGACCAUUUCUUGGUGCUGACAUCAUUUCAUGGUUUGAGCAAGGGUUUUUCGGGACUGAUCUACCUGUCCGCUUGGCCGAUGCUCCAGAGGGAACACCUUUCCAAGAGUUGGGUGACCUCAUGCCGCAUCUGAAGUUUAUAGAUGGACAUGCCAAUAAUACUGAUAUAAGUUCUAAGGUAGAGAAGCCUGUAGCUUUGGAUGAGAAAUCUGUUCCCGAGGUAGAUGAUCUCCACUGGCAUCUAAAUCGGUUUAAUGGUCUACCGAUGCAGCAUAUUCAGUCAAGAAUUUCUGAGCAUGAAGAUCCAUUACAACUUCCAUAUACCAAUUCACAAAACUUCCAUUUGGUUCCUCAAGAUGAAGAGGUUGUAUUUCCGGGGAGACCUGGAAGUGGUAGCAGUUCUACAGCGAACACAUCUACAGGCAUUAAUGAUAUUUCUGCUAAUCCUAGAGGGAAUCCUUCUCUUCGAAUUGAGUUUAAUGAACCUGGUGUUCUGGAUCAGAGUGACAAAAAGUUGCAUCCUUUUGGGUUGUUGUGGUCUGAACUUGAAGGCACUUCCUCAAGGUAUAACCAGUCAUCAAAUGUAUCUUCUAGCAGUGGUGAUCAGGAUCAACUUGUCAACCCUAGUACAGGAAGAGUUGGCUCUUUUGGCGGACUCAAUGAUUCGACUCAUGAUGCAGAAGCAUGGUCUGAUGUUUACCGAAAAAAUACAAUUCCUGGUCCCAGGUAUCAAGGUGUCAUGGAUCCUCGUCGGUUACCACAUAUGGAUCAAGAAUCCAACCAUUUUGAUGUACCAGAGAAACUUUUGGCACAACAUGUUCAACUGCUCCAGCGUAAUCUGUCAUCUCGCCAUUCCCACUUGAAUGAGUCAGUGCUGGAACAGGUGCCGGGUCAGAAUCCUAUUUACCAUCGUCCGACUAAUCAGGCAGGGCCAGACCUGGAACACCUUCUGGCACUACAGCUGCAGCAGCAGCAGCAGCAACAACAGCUUCAGCUUCAACACCAGUUGCAGCAACAGCAGCAGUUUCAUCAGCAGCAAUUGCUAUUGCAAGAGCAACAGCAAUCUCAAGCUCGUCAGAUGGUUCUUGAACAAAUACUGCAAAAUCAAAUGCAGGAUUCUGUCCAUGGACAGUCUCACAUUGAUACUGUUAGACCCAGUAAUGUUCUUGAUCAGGUUUUGCUGGAGCAGCAAUUUUUACAUGAACUACAACAGUGCGCUCCUCCUCCAAGUCAGGCUGACGCAUCACUUGAGCAUCUUAUUCAAGCAAAAUUUGGUCAAACAUUGCAUCAAGGGCGUCAACGUAAUCUACUGGAUCUUGUGUCAAAUCAAGGACAGAUGCAGUCUCUGGAACAUCAGAUUCUUCAGCAAGAGCAGAUGCAUGCGAGGCAGUUGCCUCUGGGGUUGAGGCAGCGUGUGGAGUUGGAAGAAGAGAGGCAUAUUGGUUCUGUCUGGCCUGUUGAGAAAACCAAUCAGCUCCUCAGAUCUCCUGCUGGUGCACUCAGAGCUCACUCUGCAGGGCUCAACCCAUUAGAUUAUUAUCAGCAACAACAGAGACCAUCUCUGGAAGAGCAUCUGAGUCACCUUGAGCGAAGUGUUUCUAUACAAGAUCGGUUCCAGCGAGGCCUUUAUGAUCCUGGCUUAAUGCCAUUUGAGCAAUCAAUGCCUUUACCUGUUGGUACUCCAGGAUUGAACCAGGAUGUUAUGAACGCUUUGGUACAUGGCCAAGGUUUAGAUAUGCAGGAAGCAAGGGCACGAGUGCAUUCUGGUUCUCAAGUAGGUGGAUUCUCUGAUGUUCACUCACAGCACCCAAUAAUUCCUAACCAAUUUCGUGCCCCACAUUCUGAUGUAAUUGAGGGUUAUUGGUCUGAGCACAAUGGUCAGCUACAGAAAGAAUGGGCAGAGUCUCAGAUACGUCAAAUGCAUCUUAAUUCUGAGCUGCAAAAUAGGGAACUAGAAAAAAUGACUGCUAGAGAUUCGAGUUCUUGGAUGUCGGCAGGAGCAAGCAAUGAUGGUUCAAAGCGUUUGCUGAUGGAAUUACUUCAUCAAAAUUCUGGUCAUCAGCCAACUGAUUCUUUAAAAUUCAGCACUGGGGUAUCAUAUGACAGAAGGCCGCCUUCUGGUCGCUUCUCUAUAACAAGCACUACUAAUCAACCCUUUAGUCUUUUAUCAGAUCGAGAAGCAGGUAAAAACUCCCUUGGACCUUAUGGCUCUAAUUCUGGUGGAGUCACCAAUGAGAAGGCCAGUGUUUUGGAAAGCAUUGAAAGACUGCCUCUUAGAUCCAACUCUGGAGCGCCUAGUGAUCGAGACCGAUUUUUUCCAGGCAUCAAUGACGGUCCUCAAGGAAUUUAUGCAAACUCAAACAUGAUUGCUAAAUCCCCCAUCGAAAGAGACUUAUUUGACAUGGAUAGUAAAAUGCACGGACGCAAAGGUGAGGUUGGUAUGUUUAAGAGGGCAGCUUUGGAGAUUAAAGAAAGCAUGGGUGAGAAGGCAGGAUUGAACUAUGGAGAAAUGCCAAUUCAUUUUGGGAGCAGGCAUAAUUCACUUGGCACUGAUGGUGGUAAUUCAACCUUCCACAAUGAUAAGGGUGAUAUUGAUUAUUUCACAGAGGAGGUUGCUAACGACCAGGUAGCCCAUGCAUCCAAAGGCCUGGACAGCCUUUUGCUGAAACGUCCAGUGGUCUCACGGACUUCCUCAUCUCAGGAGCAGUUGUUUGAGGCAUCUGAUCCAGUCAUCAGAGACAAAACUCCCCCAACUUCACUUCCCGGUGAAGGUGGCAGACAGGAGCAGGGGGAAAAUCCGGCAAAUCAGAAAUCUGACGGUCUACCAUCUGGCAGGAAAGAUAGUCAUGUUCGACGGAGCUCAUCGUUCAGUGAUGCAGAUGCGUCGGAACCAUUGUUCGUUGACAUGCUGAAAAGCAAUGCUAAGAAGCCAGCAGUACAGUUAGAGAAUCCAGUAGUGGGAGCUUCGGAGUCAUCUGAUGGAACUCAGGCAGGCAGAAGCGGGAAAAAGAAAGGGAAGAAAGGGAGGCAGAUUGACCCAGCCCUUCUAGGAUUCAAGGUAACAAGCAACCGCAUCAUGAUGGGUGAGAUACAACGUAUAGAAGAUUAGACCAAUCGAUCUUAGUAGAGCUCUGUUUUACCGUUCAUGUUUGGUCGAAAAGCUGUACAGCAUACCGUUUCUGUAAAGCAUUUAUCAGUUAGAUAUUCUUUUAUUUGUUUUUGUUUUCCAGCCCCCAAAUUUCAGCUAAUUUGUGAUGUAGGGGCGUCAUCAGCGUGUCUUUAGAAGGCAAAGUCACUCAUUCAGGAUGUGGCUUGUGCAUGAGCUACUGAGUAGUGGGUGGUUUUGCACAGUAGGUGUUUCUCAUUUCAUAGGAAUUGGAAGUGGUCGGCCGGAUGAGACAAUGUUGUGUAUACAAAUAGUCGUGCCGUAUAUAUGGUAAAUUGCAUAUGUUUUAGGGGCA